AUGCUCUCAGCGGUGCCAGCAGAGCUACUCAUUCUUUUCAUCGCUACGACCGGCGUUCCAGCAGACAGGUACAUCACGACUGAAACACUCAACGGCCAUGUAAGGGGGGUCAUUGAGGAGGUGGAAGGCAUAGACGUGGCACGGUACUUGGGAAUUCCGUACGCGGAACCGCCUGUCGGGGAGCUGCGCUUUCGGAGACCAGUGCCGACAAAAUCAUGGCGUCCCACGACUCUGGACGCACUAGAGUUCGCAAGCCCUUGCGCUCAAGCCAACGGUUCUCUUCCUCCGGUUCCCUGGCUGGUAAACCGAGACCAAGUCAAAGAGGACUGCCUCUACCUGAACGUGUGGAGCCCCGUGGGAAGACCCAAACCAUUAGGAGUACUCUUCUGGAUUCACGGCGGGGGCUACAGAACAGGCACUGCCUCGGCGUCCCUUUACGACAGUAAAGCCUUGGCUGCUGUUGGCGAUAUCGUAGUCGUUUCGAUCAACUUCAGAGUCGGCUCUUUUGGAUUUCUCUACACUGGUCCUGGCUCAUCCAGCGGCAACUACGCUCUCUGGGACCAGCACCUCGGCCUUCUCUGGGUGCGGGACAACAUCGCUCAGUUCGGAGGCGACCCUGGCCGAGUGACCGUGUACGGCGAAAGCGCCGGCUCGAUUGGAAUCGGUGCGCUGCUCGUCGCACCUCGUAACGCCGGUCUCAUUCGUCGUGCUAUCAUGUCCAGCGGAAGCAACUACUGGUUGGUUCCGCCGCAGAAUGUCGUGGGCCACUCGUACACCGACCGAAUCGCCAAGUACGUUGGCUGCCUGGAUCAGUCGAAGCCGUCGUCGAAGACACAUCCCGAGGAGGUCAUAGAAUGUCUCCGCAGGGCACCCGUCGCUAAGAUAAUCGAUGCUGAAGACACCCAGUUCUCCACAGAGCUGGUGACCUUUACUCCUUCCCACGGUGACGACUACCUUCCGCUGCCGGAGCUGGAUGCCAUCGCCCGAGGCCUCUUCAUUCCUCUGGAGAGUAUUCUUGCGGGAGGCAUGACAGAGGAAGGUAGCAUGUUUGUCUACUUUUGGGGACCAUCCUUCGCCAACAUCUCGUCGGGGCCCCAACUGAGGAAACAAGAGGUAGCCGACUUCGCAGCGCGCCACUACUUCGGCUUCUUGCCCAAGGCGACGCAGUCUAUGAUCACCGGCAGCUAUCUGCGCCGUGUACCUGGGGUCUCUGACUGGAGAGGAAACCUGCGAGCGCUGAUGGACACCCUGGGUGACUUUGUCAUCUUCUGCCCGACCAAAUUCUACUCCGAGGCAUUCGCCAAGACGAACCGUCCCGUAUACUUCUACGUGUUCGACUACCAAUACAAGCGCGGCCUUUGGCCACCCUGGAUGGGUGCAACGCAUUUCGAGGACCUCCAGUUCACGUUCGGAAUGCCUUUCCGUUUUCCCGAGCGCUACUCGGAUGCGGAUCGAGAGCAGAGCAGAGUUUGCAUGCAAGUCAUAGGCUCGUACGUCGACACUGGGAAGCCUGCAGUGCCGGGAGGCGGCGAGUGGCCGACGUUCACCAAGGAGCAACCGCUGCAUGUCUUCCUGCGUGCGGUCAAUGCCAGCAUCGGAUCGGAUUUUCACGGCGAAGGAUGCGACGUCUACCGCACGCUGUACAAGGUUCUGGGCGUCCCAGUUCCCUGA